AUGUCUGGUUUCAAUAUCGCAACACCCUCCAUGACCACACCUGCUAUGCAGACGCCUAGCAUCCCUACUCCUCUGCACAACUCGUCUACACCAUUUGCUUUGCCAUCUACACCUGCUCCUCUGGAUGCUCCCACUCCUAGCAGAGACGCUAAUCCCUAUUCUGUAGCUGGUAUCACCCCUACCUUGCAAAACAUUGUUGCCACUGUGAAUUUGGAUUGUCGUUUGGAUCUCAAAACAAUUGCUCUUCAUGCUCGCAAUGCAGAGUACAAUCCAAAGCGUUUCGCAGCUGUCAUCAUGCGUAUCCGUGAUCCAAAGACAACUGCAUUGAUCUUUGCUUCUGGUAAAAUGGUGGUCACUGGCGCUAAAUCAGAGGAUGAUUCAAAGCUGGCUGCUCGCAAGUACGCUCGAAUCAUUCAAAAGUUGGGAUUCCAAGCCAAGUUCACUGACUUUAAGAUUCAAAACAUUGUUGGCUCUUGCGAUGUCAAAUUUCCAAUUCGUCUUGAGGGUUUGGCUUACUCUCACGGUCAUUUCAGCUCUUAUGAGCCUGAAUUGUUCCCUGGCCUUAUCUAUCGUAUGGUGAAGCCCAAAAUUGUAUUAUUGAUCUUUGUAUCUGGCAAAAUCGUGUUAACUGGUGCCAAAGUUCGCGAAGAAAUCUAUCAAGCCUUCCAAGCUAUAUAUCCCGUCCUUACUGAAUUCAGAAAACCCUAA